CUUUUGUUUCGAGAGUGUACCUGUACCCCACAAGGUGAAAAACAGGCUGUGAGUUAAUGGGUGGUAGUCCCCACUUUUGAGACUGAAAGUGACAGAAAUGGAAUCCAAUCAUAUAAUUGUAGUGAUAAAAAUAGAUCUAAAUCUGAAAAUUUUGGGGAUUGGGUAGAGAUAGAGAAUAGAGGUAAAGAUGAAGUUUUUGUUUCAGUGUCCAUGUUGUUCUUGCUUUUGUUUUGUGAAGCCUAAAAAGGGGAAACCUAAAGAGAAACAAGUGAAGGAAAGUAAACCCAAGGAGAAAGAGAGUAAACCUGUUGAGAAAGAAAGCAAGGAUGAAAAGAAGACAGAGUGAAGUGAAGUGCAUUUUGUUGAAAUGUGAUAUGGGUAUGUAUGUUAUAAUAGUAGUAUAAGAUUAAAUAAUUGUUGCAUCA